ACUUCAAGGAAACAGGAGAAAAAAAUAGAAAUCGGGGGAUAAAAGCAGAGAAAUAACUCAAAAUUUGCACAAAACUUCUUGUGAAGUUCAUGAAAUUUUGAGUUGGGUUCUUGAUAUCUUUUGCAUUGCUUACAUUUUAAGAGUUUGAGGAGUCUUUCAUCAAGUGUUAAAGUUUAUUAAUGGCAUCAUCAUCAUCAUCUUCUUCUUCUUCUUCUAGAGUUUAUGAAAAAUAUGAUGUUUUUCUUAGUUUUAGGGGGGAGGAUACACGUGAAAAUUUUACAAGCCAUCUCUAUGCAGCAUUGUGUUCAAAGAAAAUCAAGACGUUCAUUGAUAGUUAUGAUCUCGAAAGAGGAGAUGAAAUUUCACAAACACUUUUGAAUGCAAUUGAAGAAUCAAAGAUUGUUGUUAUUAUAUUCUCGAAAGGAUAUGCCACAUCUAGAUGGUGCCUUGAAGAACUUGCAAAAAUCAUUGAAGGCAAGAAAGCGGGAGAUUUGAUCGUGCCAAUUUUCUAUCAUGUGGAUCCGUCUAAUGUAAAAAACCAAAAACGCACAUAUGAAGAAGCAUUUGUGAGGCAUGAAAAAAUACAGAGCUUAGAGAAGGUGAUGAGAUGGAGGAACGCUUUGAGAGAAGCAGCUAAUUUGUCUGGAUUUGAUUCAAGUAACAGUAGGCCUGAAUCUACAUUAGUAGAGGAAAUUGUCAACUAUAUUUCGAAAAACCUGAAUCAAAUGUCCCCAAGUGACAACAAGAACCUCAUUGGAGUAAAAUCAAAAAUAGAGAAAGUUGAAUCACUAUUACGUCUUGGGUUAAAAGAUGUUUCAAGCAGUGUUGGGAUUUGGGGAAUGGGUGGAAUAGGCAAGACAACUCUUGCUCAUGCAAUAUUCAACCGAAUCUCAAGUCAAUUUAAAAAAGCCCACUUUCAAGAUAAUGUCAGGGAAGAAUGUAAAAAGAAUAAUGGAUUAACUCGUUUGAGUCAACAAGUUCUUUUUGCAAUAUUAGAUGAUAAACAUGCCAGUUUAGAUUCUAUCUUCACGAAAAAGAGGCUUUGCAGUAUGAAGAUUCUUAUUGUUUUUGACGAUGUAACAUGUUUUGAGCAAAUAGAAAAGUUUACUGGUGAUUGUUUUGGUUCUGGAAGUUGUGUCAUCAUAACAUCAAGAGAUAAACAAGUGCUUAAAACUUGUGGAGUGAAUCAUGAUAACAUAUACAAGGUUAAGGAGUUAUCAACUGAUGAGGCUGUUGAACUUUUCUGUCGACAUGCCUUCAAACAAAAUCAACCCACUGCAGGUUACAAGGAGCUAUCUCAAUGGGCACUAACAUUUGCUAAAGGCAUUCCAUUAGCUCUUAAAAUUUUUGGUGACAUGCUAUUUGGCAAGACAUAUUCAGAAUGGAAAAGUGCAUUGAAAAAGCUUGAAAGAAUUCCGAAUCCGAAGAUCCUAGAUGUGCUGAAAAUAAGUUACGAUGGACUAGAAAAUGAAGAACAAAAAAUAUUUCUAGAUAUUGCAUGUUUCUUUAAUAGGGAUGAUAAGAAUUUUGUGAAGAAAAUCCUAGAUGAUAUUGGGUUUGCUGCAGACAUAGGAGUAAGUGUUCUCAUUGAUAAAUCUCUCAUAACUCUAUCUGGUUGCAAGAUAAUAAUGCAUGAUUUAUUGCAAGAAAUUGGGAGGAAAAUUGUCUCUGAAGAAUCAAAAGAUCUUGGCAAACGCAGUAGGUUAUGGCAUCAUGAAGAUAUCAAUCGUGUAUUGAAGACAGACAUGGGGACUGGAGCAAUUGAAUGCAUUCGUUUGGAAAUGUCAAAAGCAAAACCUUUCAAGUUACAUCCCCACGCUUUCUCAAACAUGCAUAACCUCAGAUUCUUGGAUUUUUAUUGCGAUAUUGGUUGCUCAUGCAACUUUUACAACUCACACAGUAAAGGUGGCUACAUAUGCAAAGAAGGGCAGAUUAAUAAUAAGGUUUAUCCUUCUGAAGAUCUUGAAUUUGUUCUUUUUGAAUUAAGGUACUUCUGUUGGUAUGGAUAUCCGUUGCCAUCAUUGCCAUCAACUUUUGAUGUAGAGAAUCUUGUUUCACUUGUCAUGCCAUGUAGCAAGAUUAAAACUUUGAAUUUUGUCCAGCAACGUGAUAAAUUGAAACACAUUAAUCUCAGCAGCUCAAAGCUCCUAACCAGAAUCCAAGACCUCUCAAUGAUCCAAAAUGUUGAGAGUUUGAUUCUAGAAGGUUGUACAAGUUUGAUUAAGGUGUUUUCAUCAAAAAAAUAUCUCAAGAAGCUUGCUAUAAUCAAUCUUCGAGGUUGCAAAAGCCUUAAGAGUUUUCCUAACACCAGUUGUUUGAACUCUCUUGAGUAUCUAAAUCUAUCUGGUUGUGGAAUGACUAUGUCAUUGGACAAUCUCACCCCAUUAUCCUUUCUAAGAAAAUUAUGUCUUGCCGAAAAAAAUUUUGAGUUAAUACCAGGCAUCAAAGAGCUUUCUAAUUUGGUUGCUUUGGACGUAAGUAAUUGCCAGAGUCUUCGAUCCUUGGCAGAGCUUCCAGUUCUUUUAAAUUUGCAUGCAGAGAAUUGCACAUCAUUAGAGGCAUUAUGUGUUACUUUUUCAAGCCGAGCAACUAUCAGUCUUGCCAAUUGUCACAAACUGGAUAGGAAUGUGCUCAAAGCCAACUUGGAAAAUGCUAUCGAAUUAUGUGCUGAGAGGCGGAAGCAGUCAGGAUCAGCGUUUGUUGGCUGUUUCCCUGGAAAUGAGAUUCCAAAUUGGUAUAGCUAUCAAAAUAUGGGAUCUUCUAUAACAGUCAAGCUACUACCAGCUCUGAUCAACGAUGAAUACUUAUUAAUUGAUGUGUGCACUGUUAUAACAUCUCGACAACAUCAUUUUGAUGACAGGUCAUUGCCCUUUCUUUGUUGUUUCACGUUCAAAGACGAGCAUGGUAAGAUAAGGAAUAAGUGGACUUGUCGUUUCUCCCUUUUCAGUUCAAACCUUGAAACUGGAAGUCGCUACAUAUUACGAGAUCAUGUAUACAUGUUGUGUUUCUCCUCCAACAAACAAAAAUAUGAACAUGCGCGGAAUGAACUACGGAAUGGCUCCGUUUUUUUGACUUUUCAUUGUGAUUAUAAUUGUAAAGGUAAAAAAUGCUGCAAGGUGAAAAAGUGCGGGGUUAAUUUAUUCUAUGAAAAAGCUGAGAAGGAAGAAUCCACAUAAGUUUCAGCACCAAAGAAAAGGAGGAAGGGAAAGAGGAACAGAAGUUCCAACUUUGGAUCCUAAUUAUUAUUUUGUAAUAAAAUAUCAUGCUUUUGUUUUGUUCUUUGUUUGUUAUAUGCCAUUCUUUUUUAUCAAUUUUGUUUAACACUUAUUUUGUCUAUGUUAGAUGCAUUAACAUUUUAAAUUCAGCAAUGGAAAUUCUUGAUUUCAAUAGGUUUGAACUUUGAACACGGAUAAAAUAUAGGAGCUGCAGU